AGUUCACAUAUACGUAAACUAUAUUGCCAUAUUGCAAUUGUCAAACCCUGUCUGUCAACUGUUUGCUGCCGUUUCAGCCAUACAUAGUUCCAGGUUCCAGGGGUCCAGUUUGCUUAACGGUAAAGUCCAACAGAUAUAAAAAGAUGUUCUCCUCACUAUUGGAAGCUGCCAAGAACUCGCCCUUGCGCACCCCUUUCACCAAGGUACAAUGCGACACACCAGCCAAGGGUGCAGGACCAGUUGUUGGACGUCAAAUUCAAGCUGCUGCCACCCCCGACAGCGGUGACUCCUGCGAAUUCGGUUCCACCAAAUAUUUUGCUUUGUGCAGUGUUGGUGGAGUCUUGUCCUGUGGUACUACUCAUACCUUUGUUGUGCCCUUGGAUUUGGUUAAGUGCCGUUUGCAAGUCGAUCAGGCUAAAUACAAGAAUUUGUUCCACGGAUUCAAGGUCACCGUAGCUGAAGAGGGUAUGCGUGGUUUAGCCAAGGGCUGGGCACCGACUUUGUAUGGCUACUCUGCACAGGGUCUCUGCAAAUUUGGUUUCUAUGAAGUCUUCAAAGUAUACUAUGCCAAUCUUUUGGGUGAAGAGAACGCCUAUUUGUACCGCACUUGGUUGUACUUGGCUGCCUCUGCUUCGGCCGAAUUCUUCGCCGAUAUUGCUUUGGCUCCAUUCGAAGCUGCCAAGGUCAAGAUUCAAACUACUCCCGGUUUUGCUAACACUAUGCGCGAGGCUAUGCCCAAGAUCAUGAAGGAAGAAGGUAUCAGCGGUUUCUACAAAGGUUUGGUGCCAUUGUGGAUGAGACAAAUUCCAUACACAAUGAUGAAGUUCGCUUGCUUCGAAAAGACCGUUGAAUUGCUAUACAAACAUGUUGUUCCCAAGCCACGUUCUGAAUGCUCCAAGGGCGAACAAUUGGUUGUUACCUUCGCUGCUGGUUAUAUUGCUGGUGUCUUCUGUGCUAUUGUCUCCCAUCCAGCUGAUGUUGUUGUAUCAAAAUUGAAUCAAGCCAAGGGCUCAACUGCCAUCCAAGUCGCCAAAUCCUUGGGCUUCAUGGGUAUGUGGAAUGGUUUGACACCCCGUAUUAUUAUGAUCGGUACAUUGACUGCCCUGCAAUGGUUCAUCUAUGACGGUGUCAAGGUCGCUUUGGCUUUGCCCCGUCCCCCACCACCAGAGAUGCCCGCUUCCCUCAAAGCCAAGUUGGAGGGCAAAUCUCAAUAAAUAAUCAAUUGCAACAACAGUAUCUGGAGUAGUUAAGGAGCAAUUACUAAACUUAUUUCAUACAUCCUUUUAUUUAAGUUAAAACUCAUUAGAACAAGAUAUUAGAAACAACGCGAGCGAAUCAAUUUAAUUUAUUCUACGCUUAACACAGGCAAACGUAUGCAAACUACAGUUGUUAUCAAAAUAGGCCACUAGAUAAUUUCUCAUUCUAUUAACCGGUUACAAAAAAUUGCCUGUUACAUGGAGAGAACAACGUUGUCUUCAAAGCAUAUUCAGGGGCAUUAGUGUAUAGUACGAAUUUUGUGAAGAAGAAUUUAGAGCAGUUAGCGGCAUUUAAAAAAACUAAUUAAACUGGACUCAUUCCAUAUUAUUUUGAAUGCAUUUUCUCUUUCAAUAUUUUCUUUAAUUUUUCCGAUAAAAUAUAAAUCUUUACGUUAAGCUUUUAAUAUUAUUGCCUUAUAUAACUACAUUCUAUGAAUUAUGAAGAUAUUUUUCUAACAUCCACACUAACUGUCCGCUCAUGUCUAGCUACCCAUAACCUAUCAUCCAAGCCCCCUUUCAGUUACCAGAAGGAAUUGUUGUAUUUAGAGUCUAUUUUUCAUGUUUUGUUAAUACUAGUUUGUAUUUGAAAUGUAGUUGUGUUACAAUUUGGUAUAUGUAAAUGUAUUUUAAAUUGCAAUUCGCAAUUUUACAUUCAUCACUUCAAUUAUCAAUAAACCAAAAUAGAUGAAAACCAGAAUGUAUCUAAAUCGGGAGAAUAUGAAGAAUUCAAUAAAAAAUUCUGCCAGCCGGCGAAAUAUUAAAUAAAAGAAA